AUGAUUAAAACAAGUGACAUCAUUAGUAUUCAUUGUCCACUUACUGAUAAAACAAAAGGACUUUUUAAUUAUAAAGUAUUUCAAGAAAUGAAAAAAAGUGUAAUUAUCAUUAAUAUGGCACGUGGACCAAUUGUUGUAAAUGAUGAUAUUGCAAAAGCACUUCAAGAAAAUUUAAUUGGAGGAUAUGGAACUGAUGUUUUUGAUGAAGAACCAAUUAAGGCAUCAAAUAAAUUAUUAGAAGUAAGAAGUGAAAAGAUUGUAUUUAGUCCACACAUUGGAUGGGCAACAAUUGAAGCAAGAGAACGUUUAUUUAAUGAAACACUAAAGAAUAUUGAAUCAUUUCUAAAAGGAGAAUAUAGAAAUAGAAUAGUCUAA